GCUGGCCUGAUUCCUUCCCGUUGCACGAAGCAAAUCUCAUGCUCUGACUACCUCCUUCUAGCUCCACUUCCACAGAUCCACCAUCCCCAAUUGGCAGGCCUGCUCGUAGCUGGGUAGCUCCUUGCCGUCCGGCCAGCUAGCUUACAUUAUCCUCAUCGUGUCCAACUGAGACACCGGCCAGAGGGACAUGAUCCUGGGCUCCAAAGCAUCACGGAGUGAGCUGGCCUGAUUCCUUCCCGUUCCACCAAGCACAACUCAUGCUCCGACUAUCUCCCCCGAGUUCCAUUUCCAACCACCAUCCAUUGACCAGAUUGGAUCCAGAUCCAGACAUCCUCCAUUGAAAGGCCUGCUCCUAGCUGGUUAGCUCCUUGCCGGCCGGCAGGCUUUGCAUAUCCUCACCGUGUCCAACUGAGAGACCGGCCAGAGGGAUGGCGGACAUGAUCCUGGGCUCCGCCCAGGGCGCCGUUGACUCUCUGCUGGGGCGCCUCACAUCGGCCCUCGUCGACGAGGCGCAGCUGCUCGGCGGCGUCCGCGGCGACGUGCAGUUCAUCAAGGACGAGAUGGAGAGCAUGAACGGCUUCCUCCUCCACGUCGCGGAGGCCGACGAGGAGGACCACCAGGUCGGAGCGUGGAUGAAGCAAGUCGCGGAGGUCGCGUACGCCUCCCAAAACAGCAUCGACCUGUACAUCCAGAGCAUCGGCGCUGGCCGCAGGCAGCCAGGCCUCCUAGGCUACCUGAGCCGGCUGCCCAAGCUGGUGUGGACCCUGCCGACGCGUCACCGCAUCGCCAAUCAGAUCCGGGAGCUCAAGAUCCGGGCCUGCGAGGUGGGGGAGAGGCGCAUGAGGUACGACGUCAAAGUGCCCGAUAAUAGCAACCGUCAUCACGCGAAUGGUAGCAAGGCAGGAUGGCAAGCUGCCGGAAAUGAUGACACCAACGAGCAAGAAGAUGCUCGACGGCGCGUAUUGGCUGAUGCUCUCUUGACUCUCACCGCGGACGCCUUUAUGGGUGACGACAUUGCUGCUUACUUCCCUCAGGCCGACGAGAUUCAUAAGGAUAAGGGUACCUUCUAUAAGGGUGCCUUGAUAAAGUUGAUGAAGGAUGUAGGAGAGGACCAUGGCGGUGACGGGCAACACAACCUUAAAGUUCUAGCAGUUGUAGGAAAGGGCGGCAUGGGCAAAACAUAUACUGCAGAGAGCGCUUGCCGAGAUCCUUCUGUCGUGAGCUCAUUUGACUGCAAGACUUGGAUUACCUUAGGGUAUAGACCAACUCAAGCGGCCCUGUUUUUCCGGCAGGUCCUGGAAGGACUAGCCAGUCCAGCAGAUCAGUUCGACUUGGUUGCCAAGGAGGAAGGGCUUAUGGCACAGCUUCAGCUGCACCUGAAAGGUAAAAGAUUCUUGCUCGUGCUUGAUGAUGUCUGGGAUAGAUCUCUAUGGAAUCUCAUCAAAUCUGCUUUCCCCCAUGAGAAUUGCGCUCCUGGUAGUGUCAUACUGAUUACCACACGUUCGACUGAUGUGGCCUUCUCAUUUUCUCCCAAUGAAUACUUGGAUAUGAACACUGAUAGUUAUUUCUACUCAUCCAACGCAAUGAACCUCAUGAACAGCAACAACAAAAGCAUUGAUCUGCAGCUUGUUUUGCGGGACAUUGUCUCAAAGCCCCAGACAGUCAGGUUGUUUCUGCGUGCUCUCUAUGUCAAUCCUAACAGGACCAUAGCUGAUUUGCGGAGUCUGUGCGAAAAGCUGGACAACUCCACCACGUUAUCAUCGAACAAUGCAAGGGAGCUACUAAAGUUCUGUAAUCUGACUAGCAACUGCAAGAAUUGUUUGCUAUAUCUGGCUAUUUUCCCUGAAGAUACCAUCUUUGAACGGACAAGGUUGGUAAGACGAUGGGCCAGUGAAGGCAUGACUGCUAAAAGAGGCCGACUAAGUGCACUAGAUGAAGCUGACCACUGUUUUGAUCUGCUUGUCGCCCACGGGUUUCUUACACCAAGGUACAUGGAUGUUACAGGAAAGGUGAAGAGCUGUACAAUGGGUGCCGUCAACUUUGACAUUGUUACACAGAUUGCAAGAGAAGAUGAUUUUGUAAAGAACAGCCAUUACCCUGACUUGGCUCAUCGCCUUUCUCUUCACUAUGAAAUCCAACCGCACCAAGCUGAGAAGGAACUACAUGGAACUCGGUCGAAAGCCUGUUGGAAUAUUUGUGGCCAUUUGAAACGAAGUGACCAAACAAUAAUUGAACAAUCCAAUGCCACCGAACAGUUUUUGCAGUCGCUUCCUUCGUCGACCCACUUGGGGAUUCUGAAGGUUCUUGAUCUAGAAAACUGCAAUGAAUUGAAGGAUGGCCAUCUGAAAAACAUUUGCAGCCAUGUAUUCCACCUCAAGUACUUGAGCCUUCGGAAAACUGGCAUUACUCAACUACCCAAGCAGCUCGACAAGCUUCAGUCCCUAGAGACCUUGGACAUUCGUGAAACAAAAGUAAAAACUUUUGCCAAAAAUUCCCUUUUUCUGCCAAAGCUAAAGCAUCUGCUUGCUGGCCACCGCACUGAAGACACAACCCAAGGUGAUGUCCAAUCAAAAGAGACGUUUUCCACCGUGAAAAUGCCCAAAUAUAUCGGGAACAUGACAGAACUGCAGGUCCUAUCUCACAUUGCAGUUUCUGGUGACGGCAGUGAACUAAUUGAUGUUGGUAACCUACUCCAGCUGGUUAAGUUGGGUGUGGUUCUUUCUGGAAGCAAGAGAUCAGUCUUCUGGCAUUUGUACCAUGCAAUUGGAAAGCUUAGAAAAUGUUUUCGCUCACUCUCUAUCCGAGUCACAGAGCUAAUAACUGAUCAAGAGGACGGGAGCAUGAACAUGGAAGAGGCACCCCUCAUACAUCCCAAGUACCUUCAGAAGCUAAAAAUCAGUGGCCUGAAAAAUGGAUUGCCUUCAUGGAUUGAAAAGCUCAAGGUACUCACCAAAAUAACACUGCAUAUGACUUUCAUAACGGAUGAUGACUUCAAAAUCCUUGGCCGACUCACAAGCUUGUCCUGCCUUAGGCUCCAACAAGAGUCAUGCAAUGAAAGUACACUCACCUUCAGAAAAGAUGCAUUUCAAAGUCUCAAGUUCCUUGACAUUGAGUGCUCAGCCAUCACCAAUAUAAACUUCGGCAAUGAGGCCUGUCCUAAGCUGAGGAAGUUAGUUUGGUCUUCCACUGGUGAACAGUCUCUUUCCGGGAUUGAGUACCUUCCAAACCUCCAAGAGCUCAAGCUGACAGGCAGCUUUGACUUGGAAAGUGUGAAACAAGCAAUUGAAGCAAACAUGAACAAGCCUAUCUUGGUAACAAACUGAAUCAAUGCUUAGGUUCAAGAGGUGAUCCACAUUUGCUCCUUGACUGACCUCUCCAGAUGCCUCAAUGCUGCUCUUAUUCCGGGGCAGAAAUGUAUCUCAAGAAAAGAAUUUAUUUCUUCACGGAUUAUUGGCAUCCAGUUCCACUCCUACAUAUUUGAUUUAUUUCGUCUGUUGUAUAAGUUAUUAUGUGCACUGCAGUGAUUGAACUGGUGUGUAUUUGUUCAGGUCACUCGAAUUCCAGUGUGUUGUGUUGUGUCAUGUCGUGUGCUAUUGUUAGCAUUUGUUCACCCAGACACAUGUAUUUCGUUCAAUAAAAAUCAAGUGUUGUUGCU